AUUACCUCCAUCUAUCCUCGGUACUAAUACCCCUUAGUUCCCUUCAUUGCCCAGGAGCUCCCCUGCGACUGUUGCAAAAUCUGUUCUCCUUCUUAUGCAGCAAAGACGUUAUUCUAAUACCGUUGGCGAUAGCCCCCGUGGAAAGACAAAAUAUCAAGCCUGUUUUCUCUGUCAAUACCUAGAAAUUAUCUAGCCCAACAUGUUUAUCACUCGCGGGAUAUCGCUCGUCAAUUUCACGGUUGCUUCCUCCGCGCUGGCCUUUCAAGUCUUUGUUCUAUAUCCAUGGCAUAAUCAGCUCGACGAGGAAUUCAAAUCUUUAAAAACGGAACAUCGACGCGUUCUUCGUCAACUCGAUCGAAGUUCGCCUGUUUAAGACGGUGGCGAUAUCGUUGACCUAAGUGGCGA